AUGUUGAUUGGUAUAUCAGGAACAUUGAGUUCAGGUAAAACAGAAGUAGCCCGGUACUUAACCUUUCAAGGUUUCAAGUUGAUUUCAUUAAGCAAGCCAGGAGAUCCAAUUACUUCACUUGUUGAUUCCAGCGAUUCAUUGCCUGAACUGGAUUCAGAUACCCUCAAUGAAAAACUUGAUACCCUCGUUAUAUCAAAUGGAAAUGUGUCGUCAUACUACUCGAAAAUGGAAGUUCACAAAAAAUUUGACGAUUUAGAAGACUUGCUUGAUUUUGUUACUGUCAACUGGAGAGAAAACUAUGUCUUGUCACACAUGAACGACAUGCAAAUGCUAGUCAGUUUACAAAAGAGGCCAUUUUUCCUUCAUAUUUCUAUUGAUGCGCCUAUUGGUCUUCGUUAUCAACGUUAUCUCCUCAAGGUAGCAUCACAUGCGUCUCGUUUGUCAUUGGAAGACUUUGUCGUCAAGAAUGACGAGUUGCUAUUCAAUGUGGAUAAUCCACUCAUUGAGAUCAACAACCAAGCAAGAAUCAAAAUCAUCAAUACUUCAGCAUCGAUUAAAGACCUUUACAUCAAACUAUCCGAAUUAAACUUGUUAGAUUUUUCCAGAUUGCGCCCUACGUGGGAUUCUUAUUUCAUGAGAUUGGCCGAUUUGGCAGCAUUACGUUCCAAUUGUAUGAAAAGAAGAGUUGGCUGUGUUAUUGUCAGAGACUACAGGGUCAUUGCCACUGGUUAUAAUGGAACUCCUCGUCAUUUGACAAACUGUAAUGAAGGUGGAUGUCCUCGUUGUAACAAAGGCCAUGGCAGUGGUGCUUCCUUGUCAACCUGUCUUUGUUUGCAUGCAGAAGAAAAUGCAUUACUUGAGGCCGGAAGAGAUAGAAUAAGAGGAGAUAGUGUAUUGUACUGUAACACCUGUCCAUGUUUAACCUGCUCGAUCAAGAUUGUUCAAAGUGGAAUUAAAGAGGUGGUGUAUGCUCAAAAUUAUUCCAUGGAUUCAUACAGUCAUAAAGUGAUGAGUGAAGCCAACAUAAUAUUGAGACAGUACCAACCCCCUGUGGAUGGGAUCUUCAUUUAG